CUUGAUGAUGUUGACUACCAGGUGGAUAGGAAGGCGCAGGGCUGAUAUAUGCAUAAAGAAAUAAAAAAGUCAGUGAAGUGUUUAUGAAAAAGCCCAAAGUUAUACCAGUUUAGAAUGGGCAGCAAGCUUGGUGUGGCUAUUGAUCCCCAGUAACAAGUACUAUUAUUAAAGUUACCUGUAUUUAUUUCGUCUUUACAGUAGUCCGUCUGCUUCCAAUAGAUGGACCAGCCGCCAUGUUACCAGGUGCUAGAGAAAUAACUCGAAGGAGACAAAACCCAAGCAUGGCAACGUCGGCUAAAGAAAUACAAAGAGUCGUCAAUGACUCACAAUUACGAUAUAAACAGCUACCGACCCGAGCUAAAUUUAUGUUGGUCUUUUCUCUUUUAUUCUCACUAUAUUUAUAUUGGUCAAUAUACAAAAUAGUUUUCACUAAUGAUCUUCAAAGCGAGAGUUUUUUAGAAACAGAUAAAUGUCCAGCAUGUUAUGGAAUGAGCGCUUGUGGUUUUCUGUUGACUGAUCAAGUCAAAUUGACAGGGUGGUCAAAAUUGCGUUUUUUGGACGUUGUUAAUGUAAAAAAUGUUCAUUUUGGGAAGCAUGUGUAUAAAGAACAUAAUGUGGUUCUGAAAAAACUUGCUCUGGACAAGGAACUUGUGGAAGUUGACAAUGAAGUAUGUAAAGAUGCUAAUAGAGAACCUGGAUGUGACAUCGCAAGAGUUAUAUAUAAAGGCUCUACUCCAUAUAGUCUUAAAGACAAACCGAUUCUACCAAAACAUUUAAGCUCAUUAACUGUUUCAAUGUUUACUUGUGCGUCAUAUCGUUUAUUAGAUAGAAUGUGGUCAUAUUAUAAAGAAAGACUGAAUCAGGAUGAUAUAAUGUACAGAGAUAAAGUACAGUUAUGGUAUCUUUCUAAAGUAAAUACAGAACCCUUAGUCAUGCAGACAUUUCCUGCUCGUGAGGGUUGGCCAUUUCCUGAAUAUUAUGGUGCUUGCGGUCGUUUCAUUGUAUCUGAACACGGUGGAAGACCUCUUCAAGAAUUCUAUCAUGCAUCUUUUGAGAAAAGGGUAGAUAUUGCCUAUCAAAUAAUGAAAAUGGCUUUAAAGAUGACAGAAAAUAGAGACGAUUUUAUAUUAUAUUGGACAGAUAUACAGUAUGAAAACUUUGCUGUAGAUGCUGGUGGAAAAGUUCGAAUUAUUGAUGCUGAAAAUAUAAUUGUAGUAGAUAAAAUGGCUGUUGAAGCAACAAAACCUCGUGGAUGGAAUGAUUUAUAUGAAAGUGAUUUUGAUGAAUGUAAUGGAGAAAACUGUUUAACAUUUAGUACCAAUAAUCUGUGUAGACAUGUCAACUCAGAUCAUAAUUACUAUGCGGCGUGUCGAAAUCUGUUGUCACAGUACGGCAGCGAACCUGGCAUGCCGGGAGGAUUAUUACAUGAUAUGCCAGAUUAUGCCAAGAAUGAUUGGGAAUUAGAUGGCAUGCUCAAUGAAUGUGCUCGUCCUUCAAAACCAAAAGGACGAAUUAUAAUUAAAGAAAGACUUAUAGAAGCAUUGGAUCAGUUGAGGAAAAUGAAACCAGCAAAAGAUAUAAAUGUGAAUAUUUUGGAUGCUCUUAAAACUAAAGACGAUUCAAAAACUAAUGAAUAAUAUACCACAGCCUUAACUUGCUUUUCAUGAUAAUCAAGGUUUUCUGGUUUUUGUGAUCAGUUUGAUACAGGUAAUUUUAGCAGUUUAAUGAUAAUCACAGUCGUAUCCUUUCCCAUCUUGUUUAUAACCCAGACCAUCUUGUUCAAAACCCAGAUUAUAAAGUCCAUAUCCGAGUCCUUCUUGGUCAUAUCACGCUCAUUCCCUUCUCAUAACCCAGUCCUUGUUCAUAUCUCGACCCACUUUGCUUGAAUUACCACAAAUAUAUCUGUCCUAACUCGUAUCCAAGGCGUUCUCAUUUCCUCGACCUCGUCCAUGUUUCACUGAUGUUUUAACCAAUUUUGCAGUGCUUUCUUUCUCAUAUACCCACCAUUCUCUCUCAUACAUGUAUACCUGGCUUUCUGGCUUAUGUCACUUAUUCUACGAUGAUUAUACAUUCUCUUGAUUUUAAACUAUAAUGGCAUCUUAAUAUCAGACAAGAAGGUCAAAUUCAACGACAGUUGCCUGAGUUGGUAUGGUAGAUCCUUGUCCAUGCUUAAGACAGGUUAUACCAGUCUUUUCAGCUGUAAGUGUUAUUGGUAAGAUACAGAGUUCAUGAAAAAUCUACCAAGAAAACUGGAGGAGAACCUUCAGGAUUAUUAAAACCCUUCCUUCACUUGUCAGUCGUAGUGCUUACUGGCCAAAUAAUUUGGAAAUCAAGAAAGAGUUGAUGAAAGUCCAUAUGUCCAGGCAAAAUGUCCUAGCCUCGCAUUGCAGAUGUAACUGUAUAAAUAAAUAUUACCAUAUGCAUCUCUCAAAAUGACCAAAGCAUUAUGUAGAAGAAACAUUAACCACCAUUCCAUUCUAUGUCUUAAUGAAAGAUAUCAACAUGAUGUAACCCUGACUAAUGCAUAUAACAGAAAUAUUUUAUUAAGAUAAUUUGUUUGUUAAUGAUAUUGUACAUAUUGUUAAGAUAAAUGUAUAUGUAUAUGCCAGAUAUUUUUUCAAGGCUUGCCUCAAUUUGGGUAUGAAAGUGUGUGUAUGUUAUACUGUGGUUGAACAAAAUUUAUUUAAUAUUGUUAUUGUCUAAUGUUACUAUCAAAAUUUGGUAGAUAUUUAUCACAAAGUUUUACAAUGUUAUUUUUUUAUUGUUCCCUUUCACAUAAAGAUUGUUUAAACAUGUUGAUCCCCUCAAUAAUGUCAAAAUGUACCGGUAAUAGCUAUUUUAACCCUCUUUUAUAAGGACUGUAGAACAAUUUUUGCCUAGAUUUUUGGCCCAAACAUUGUAUUUUGGAUAAGAAUUUUUUUUUUUUUGAAAAAAGUUAUGGUAGUGGGGUUAUGGUGAAUGCAACUCAAUACCUGUCCAUAUUCUUUCUAAUGUAGUUCUCAAUGUAGAUGAAUGACUGUUAAAAGUGUGAAUGAUUGGCUCAUUUAGCAAUUAAAAUUAGAUCUUAAUGUCAUUUCUGUUUGUAUAAUUUAUAAAGUUGAAGGUUCACGGCAGAAUUAAAACAGAAAUGAAAGUAAGGUAAUAUUUAAUAGACUGUUCUAUGUACAUCGAUUUUUGUUAUGUUGGGGUCAUUCCAAUAUCUUGACUCCAUUUUUGUAAUAAACCUAAUAUUCUAUUA